AUGCCCCGUCUCCUCGCUCCGCACAAAUCGGGGCCCCAUCGACUAGCAUGCCUCGCGCUCUUCAGGUCUCUCCUCCGCGAGAGCCGCCACGUCGGCACCGCAACCUCGAGCACCACCACCGCUGACACCCUACGCUCCCUUGUCCGAUACCGCUUCCGCAAGGACCGCGGGCUCCAAUCUCGGCCCCGUAUCGUCCACGGCCUCAAAGCAGGCCACGGCUUUCUCGACCUUUUGCGCGGGUGUGCCGCGAAAUCACCCUCCGCGGUCGACCAACUCAGCAAGCUCCUCGAGCAAGUCGCCCUGCAGGCCGAAUCGACGGCCACGUACCGCCGGACGCUCGCCGCGCGGUGGAAACCGCCUCCUUUAGGCCGCUAUGCGCACCUGGAGAAUCUGCGGCGCGUGCGCGACAAGAACAACCAUGUUUCCACGCCCUCGGCGCCGCGGAUCUUCCAGCACCCGCGCCCGCUGAGCGAGGUCAAGACAGGGGUGCGCAAGGUGCCCAACUUGAUCCUCGCGCAGGGGGUGCCUCUGCUGAAGUACCCUGGGCCGACGCCCGUGUUGGUAAAUCGCAUACUGAAGGAGAAGAUCCGCUGGGGGGUGCGCAAGUGGGAGCAGCACAAGGAUGUGCGGCGGCGGAUCCAGAUCGCCGAGUGGGAAGACGAAUGGGACGAUAUCCUCGCGGAGGAAGGCAAUUUUGUCGAUGACGACGAUGGUGGUGCUGGUGCUGGUGCUGAUGGUCUUCUGAUGGAAGGAGACGAGGGGCUAGGGUCCGUGAAGCCUCAUGUCUCUGGGACGAGGAUCCGGUACUAUGAUCCGCAGAAUGAGGUUGCCGACACUGCCAGUGCCACUGGCGCCUCGCGAAAGCAACAGCCAGGCUCGGGUUUGAAGCCACGACUAUCCUGGACUACCCAUCUCCGACAGGUGGAUCGCGAGCUCGAACUGGCCGUCAUGGAGCGUGGGAAACAGUACGCCCUGCUAGGGAAUCGGUAUUGGCACGAGGUUGUGGUCCCGGAGAGAGAAUUAAAAGAACAGGAACGCAAGGUCAGGAAGCAUGCAAGACGGAUGGAAAGGAAGGCCAGGGUGCAGGCGAGCAGUAUCUUCGGAACUGAGGGUCAAGUCCCUGGACGAGAGGACCAGGAUCUACAGCCCAGCAGCGUAUCUUCGGGUUUCAUCUAG